UUUUCGAAGGAGCGGCCGUGGUCCUCCCGACCUGCUCCGCCUCCCUUUCUUCGCUCUCACCAGGAGGCCGAAGACCCGGAAGAAGUGCCAUCUCCCGCCUCCGCCAUGGAGCCCACCGCGCUGUCCCUCACAGAGGAGGACCUAACUGAAGUGAAGAAGGACGCUUUAGAAAAUUUACGUGUAUACCUAUGUGAGAAAAUCAUAGCUGAGAGACAUUUUGAUCAUCUACGUGCCAAAAAAAUACUCAGUAGAGAAGACACUGAAGAAAUUUCUUGCCGAACAUCAAGUAGAAAAAGGGCUGGAAAAUUGUUAGACUACUUACAAGAAAACCCAAAAGGACUAGACACCCUUGUUGAAUCUAUUCGGCGAGAAAAAACACAGAACUUCUUGAUACAGAAGAUUACAGAUGAAGUGCUGAAACUUAGAAAUAUAAAACUAGAACAUCUGAAAGGACUGAAAUGUAGCGGCUGUGAGCCUUUUCCAGAUGGAGCCUCAAACAACCUCUCUAGAUCAAAUUCAGAUGAGAGUAAUUUCUCUGAAAAACUGAGAGCAUCCACUGUCAUAUACCAUCCAGAAGGAGAAUCCAGCACGGCCCCCUUUUUUUCUACUGAUUCUUCUCUGAAUUUGCCUGUUCUAGAAGUAGGCAGAACUGAAAAUACCAUCUUCUCUUCAACUACGCUUCCUAGACCUGGAGACCCUGGGGCUCCUCCUUUGCCACCAGAGCUGCAGUUAGAAGAAGGAACUUGUGGAAACUCUAGUGAGAUGUUUCUUCCCUUAAGAUCACGUGCUCUUUCACGGCAAUGACUAUUUUACUGCCUUUGAAUUUUUUUAAUCAUGACAAAUAUUUUAAAGGAUAUGAGUCUUUGUAUAAAACUCCUAUAAUGAUUUAUUUACAUUUGAUAACAUGUUUUAAAAUGCAAUGUAAGCAUACUUUGUAAAUAGAAUUUUUUAGAAUAAAAGAAGCAUACUUUUAGGAUAGCUAAAUGUAAAUCAUGUUGAUCAUGUACUUUUCAGUAUUUUCUAUUUUUUCAUUUUUUUAGGUGUUUUAAUGUUUUCAAAUUUUUUAUGUUCUUAGACUAAUUUUAAUAGGGAACAUUUCUCUAUUUGAGAAUAGACUUUUAGGCUGGGAGUAAUGUUUCUUAGUGCAUUUGUGCUAGAAAUUUCCUGAGUCUAAUAGUCCUUUUCAACCAUUCAGCAGUAAAUUUUCAGCAUUAAGCUGUUCCUAUUUGUGAGUAAAGCCAAUCACUGAUGGUAGAACUGCCAUCCCUUUCCCACUUGGUCUUACAGGGCCUCCUUCUGUUGCUGGAGGAACACCUGAUGGAGUUUGAGCCACCUAAGACUUCUGUUUGCCAAAAUUCAUUUCUUAUUAAUCUUACAAAUUAAUAUUACUUUCUUAGGAUUUUCACAUUCUUUGCUUUUUCAUUUUCAUUCCAAAAGAAAAGUAUCUUGGCAUAAACCCCAGUUAAUACAUGUAAUAUGAUGAGAUUUAAAAAAACACUUUCUCUGUACUUUUUGUUCUCCUUUAAUGAGGACCACCAUACAGUUGAAAUAACUAGCACAGAUUGGGUUUUUUGUGUGUGUGUGUGUGUGUGUG